AUGAACAUCGACGGUAAAGUCGCGAUCGUUACCGGCGGAGCGAACGGGAUCGGCUUCUGCACCGCUCGGAAGCUCCUUCGAAAUGGAGCGAAGGCGGUAGCUCUGUUUGACUUAGGAGACUCAGGUGGCGAAAGCGCUGCCGCGGAACUGAACAAUGAGUUCGGGAAAGAUCGUGCCAUCUUCGUUGUCUGCGAUGUCUCCAAGAGCGAACAACUCAAUGAAUCUUUCAAUAAAGUUAUCGAGACAUACGAGACCCUGGACAUUGUCGUAAACAUCGCUGGAAUCAUGGACGAUGCGGAUUGGGAAAUUAUGGUGGACGUCAAUUACAAGGGUAUAGUUCAUGGUACAAUUUUGGGACUGCACGCAAUGGGCAAAUAUAAGGGCGGGAAUGGAGGAACGAUCGUAAACAUGUCCUCCGUGGCUGGCCUCGAAGGAAUUCCCAUAGCCCCGAUCUACGGUGGAACGCAAUACGCGAUCGUUGGUUUUACUCAGUCGUUGAAGCAUUAUUACGAUAAAACUGGUAUACGUAUGUUGACGAUAUGCCCUGGCCUGACGACCACAGCCAUGGCCGCAAGAUUCAUGUCCACCAAAGAACACGCCAUGGACCUCCUCGACGAGGAGACCGCGGCUAUCGCGAUGGCUGCCAUGCAAAAGCAACCCCCAGAACACGUGGCGAGCGCCAUUAUUCAACUGAUCGAGAAAGGGAAAAACGGGGAGAUUUUCGUCAGCGAGAACAACCAACCACCGUACGCCGUCGAAGUGCCUAGUUACGCGACAUUGAAGGUCCCAAUUGAAGAGCAGCCAACGAUAUAA